GAACACACCGCUCCGCCCAUCAUCUCCCAACUUCAAGCCAACUUCACGCCCACCACAGCCCUCCCAGCGACACCCCCGCCCCGCCCCCAGCCGCAGCACCUCCCCCAGCACCUCCCCCCAGUCGUGACACCCUCUCCUGCCACUGGGGGAGGCUGUGUGAGCGGGAGAAGAGGGAUGUGUGUGUCGACAGGAUGACUGCGUUUUGCUGCUCCCGCCAAUCGUGUGACCCAGGCCUUGCGAAGAUGGUGGAACAACACUUUUGCCUGCGGUGGAACAACUACCGCACCAACAUAACAGCGGAGUUUGAAACACUGCGGGAGGGGGAGCACUUUGUGGACGUGACACUGGCCUGUGACGGGCAGCAGCUGAAGGCACACAAGGUUGUCCUCUCAGCCUGCAGCCCCUACUUCAAAGAGCUGCUACAGGGGAACCCAUGCACACAUCCGAUCAUUAUCCUGCGUGAUGUGGCGUACACACACAUGAGAAGCUUGUUGGAGUUUAUGUACGCAGGGGAAGUAAACAUCUCCCAAGUACACCUGGGUGCCUUCCUUCACACGGCAGAAGCCCUCAAGAUCCGGGGUCUGGCUGAGUCCUCUGAUGACCGCAAGGAACAUGGUGGGCUAAACAGCAACUCGCCUCUGUCGGCCCUCAAGUCCUCCAUCAUCGGUCUGGGCAACAUGGGUCUGGCCGGCCUGGGCAGCCCCUCCAUCCUUGAGCGCCCCUUAGUGCCCCAGCUGCUGCCCCACCACACUGACAAGCCCGCGCCUCACAGUGCCCCCCACCACCCCCCUCACUUGGUGCCUCCCUCUCCUGGCCGGGCGGCACCCCUCCCGACCCCAUCGCAAGGCGGCCCCCCCAGCACCAGCUCCAGCAGCAGCACCCCAUCCAGCCUGCCCCAGGGCCCCCUCCCCCUCACCGUGCCCCACUCCCAGGUCGCGGACCGCCCCCCUCGCCCCCCAGAGCCCUCGGAGCGCACCCCCUCCCCUCCCCCGCCCCUGCCGCCCUGCAAACGGAUCCGCCUUGAAAAACGCACCCACCUGGACUCCCCGGCCCCCCCCCUGGAAAAGAACAGCCAUGCAGAUCCCACCAACGGACCGGGGGGGGCCGCCGCUGCCUCCGCCGCCUCCACUCCCACACCCUCCCAGCCGCCAGAGGACCUGACUCACCCCGUGCUCAAGACUGAGCCCGUGGAGAGUGUGACCCCGGACACUGAGGGCGGCGCUGGUUGGAGCACACACGAGGAGGGCGACAGUAGCAGUUGUGGCGGGGGCGGCUGCGGGGAAGGUGGGGGUGGCGGAAGAAGUAGUGGAGGUGAAAGAGGAGGAGGAGGAGGUGGAGGGGGCGGCGGCGGCGGGGGGGAGACCAAUGCCACCCCCGGCCCCACCCCCCCUGGCGGCACCCCCCCAGACCAUGAAAACACUAGUCACCUUCUUCAAGCACUCAGCUCGGAAUCUCACCUCCAAGGGAUCAUGCGCAGCUUUGAGCCCCUGCCCUGCCCGAUCUGCCAGCGCACCUAUAGCUCCCCGGGCAACCUCAAGCAGCACCUGGAGAACAUUCACAUGUCCUGCAAUGAGCUCAACUUUGAGUGUCGCAUCUGUGGCAAUAAAUUCAAGAGCAAGUGGUACCUGCACAAGCACCUCCACCGUGCCCACCACAUACGCGGCCGCAAGGAGAUUUAGGUUGCCUUAGUCUGUGUGCGGGGACUGCUGCACGCUGCUGCUGCCGCCCCCGCCAGCGUAGGCAGCGGGGGGGUGAGGGUAGGCCAGGUGACUCACUCUAGCGUCAGCAUCAGCCCAGUGAGUGGUAAGCGGGUAGUGUAUGGCGUGCUGUGCUGUGCUGUGCUGCGCUGGGCCACAAGUCAGAGGCGGUGCAGGUACCAUAAAAUCAUUGGCCUUAAUAAGUUACAAACAAACAAAAUCUUUCCUUAUGAGUUCUUUACCACUAAAAUUAAGAGCUAAAAGUGAAUGAGAAAAGCAAAAAUUAUUCUUCUGAGGUUGCCAUCAACUGUGGUCUGCUAAUUUUUUUCUUAACCAAGCAUUUCACCCUAAUAGACGCCUCACAUGGUGCACGAAUGCCCGGCGAGAGGGGGGGGGGGGCUGCUUGGGAGGGCGGGCGGGCGGGAGGUGGAAACGUCCUUGCAAGGGAACGCGGUUUACACCCACACGCACUGCCAUGCUAAGCUCCGUUCAGUGCUACACGGCGCUUUGAACUUCCCUCACCUCGACCCACUCACAAACCCUUAUACUCAUGCCCCAAUCCACCACCCAUGUCCAUACCACCCCCCCAUACCACCCCCUCCGUUUCCUCCCUAUCAUUCCGCUUCAUUCCACAUCCACGCCUCCGCUAGAUAAGUUACCCGCGUCUGUUGUUUAUUUAUUUAUCCAUCUCCGUGUUAUUGGUAUUUUCAGUGACGUCAUAUUUAUUUUUUUUGUUUAUUUAUUUAUUUUUUUUUUUGGUUUGUGGACGGUUGGUGUGUGUUAAGGUGACCGGCUUUUGUUCAUUUCCUUCUGUUUUAUCUGGUUCUCCCUCGUUUGUUUGUUUGUUUGUUUGUUUGUUUGUGUUCCGAUGUGUUGAGGAAAGUGUUAUGGAUUCUGUGUUUAAACUUUUCAUUUUUUCUCUUUCAUCAUCACAACAAAUAUUUUUAAUGCCCAGACACACACACACACACACACACACACACACACACACACACACACACACACACACACACACACACACCAUCUCGAACCAUCAACAACGAGACUUAUUUUUUAUUUCCUAUCCGAUUCUGCCCAUUGAGAGGACUCCAUUUAGGCCUAUUUCAAGCUUUUAUUUUUCCUUGAGGCCCGUUUUUGAAUCAUAAUAAUAAUAAUAAUGAUAAUAAAUAGCAUUUCCGAGAGACAGGCGCUUAAUUAUAGCCAUGAUCCGAGUGAAUGCGAUUUAUCCAUACUGUCGAAGAGGUACACAAGAGUUGCACAUCCCUGGGAAAAGAAGUCAUGUUAGUAUGUCCAUGGGUAGUGUUUCGAGCCCAGUGAUAGUUUGACAAGGCUUCAGUGGAGGCUGUGUUAGUAUGUCCAUGGGUAGUGUUACGAGCCCAGCGAUAGUUUGACAAGGCUUCAGUGGAGGCUGUGUUAGUAUGUCCAUGGGUAGUGUUAUGAGCCUGGUGGUAGUUUGACAAGGCUUCCACACCAUGAUCGUAAAAACACACUCAUGGGAACGUAACCUAACCUAACCUUAACCUAACCUGACUAACCUCCUCUGUGGCCUUGGGAAGAAGUUUUUAGAACCGAGAGCGUCGAGGUUACCGAUGCAAAGUUUAAAUGUCGAAGAAAAUAGAAAAAACAGGAGAAGAAGAAGGAAAGGGAAAGGAAGGAGGGAAGUAGAGGAGAGAAAAGGGGAAAAAAGUAGGAAAAGGUAGAGAGAAAUAAGGAAAAAAAGAAAGUAGAGAAGGGAAACGAAAAAGACAUGAGCGUAACCAACCCUUCAGUCAUGUCGUUAAGUGUUGAUCCCGGUGAAUUAAAUCGAUAUAAACGUAGGUAUAGGGAGAGGGAAGAGAGAAGGAAGGAAGAAAGAUUGGAAAAAAAAAGAAAGGAGAGAAGGGAAAACAAGAUAUAACCACAAUCACAUCUUCAGUCACGUCGUUAAGUGUUGAUACCGGUGAAUUAGAUAGAUAUAAACGUAGGUAUAGGGAGAGGAACGUCGUGGAAAGCAAAAUUAGCGAGGGAAAGUCUGGAUCAAUACCUGUUCCACCUCCUUACUCUAGCGUGCGACGAGAAUUAGAUAAAUAUAAACGUAGGUAUAGGGAGAGGAACGUUGUGGAAAGCAAAAUUAGCGAGGGAAAGUCUAGAUCAAUACCUGUUCCACCUCCUUACUCUUGCGUGCGACAGGAGCUACACGAGACGCAGUACGGCAGAGGAGGUACAUAGGAAAGCGCAAAAUCUCUCCUCGGUGUACGGUUUAGCCUCUGGGGUGUCUUGCGUUAGAGGAAAGUCGGAUAGCAGGAACCUUGUGUGUAUGUCAUCUGCUUCUCUCUAGCAUGCGACAGGAGCUACACUAGACACAGUACAGGGAAGGAAAUAUAUAGGAAGGCGCAAAAUCUCUCCUCGGUGUACGGUUUAGCCUCCCAAGUCUCUGUGUUAAGGGAGAGUCACAUAACAGGAACCUUGUGUAUAUGUCAUCUGGAGCACUUUAGCGUGGGACGGGAGCAACAGAAGACAGUACAGGGAAGGAAAUAUAUAGGAAGGUGCAAAAUCUCUCCUCGGUGUAGAGUGUAGUCCCUCAGGUGUCGGAACUUCCCCUAUAAUUCCUUCCCUUUCUGUCUCUCUCCGGCACAUGACCACAGAUGUUGCGCUGACUAAACGAAACUUUCAGGUGUCGGAACUUCCUCUAUAAUUCCUUCCCCUUCUGUCUCUCUCCGGCAUAUGACCACAGAUGUUGCGCCGACUAAGCGAAACUUUCAGGUGUCGGAACUUCUCCUAUAAUUCCUUCCCUUUCUGUCUCUCUCCAGCACAUGACCACAGAUGUUGCGCCGACUAAACGAAACUUUCAGGUGUCGGAACUUCUCCUAUAAUUCCUUCCCCUUCUGUCUCUCUCCGGCAUAUGACCACAGAUGUUGCGCCGACUAAACGAAACUUUCCAACUUUCUCAGGUGUUGAAAACGGUAUCGGGUUAACCAAUGCGGGUUUUACAUAUAUAUUUUUCUGUUUUGUGUCUUUUAAAUCUGUUUCGUAUAGUUAUAUUUACCUCGCUGUUGAUUCAAAGUCCAGGGCGAUAUAUAUAUUUAUUUGACCGUUGAUGCUAAAGCUAGAGAUAUAUUUAUGGAGCUAUAGAUGUAUUUACUUGAAAAAAUUUAUGCAAUACAAAUUUUUAUAUCUAUACUUAAAAUUUUGUGGGUUUGGUAAGAGUAGGCUAAGGAAGGAGGGAGAGAGAGGGGAAGGGAAGGGAAGGGAAGGGAAGGGAAGGGAAGGGAAGGAAGGGAAGACAGAAAGAAAGAGAAAAAGGAAAAUAAAAUAAAGAAAAAGAACAAGAGAAAGAGUUAGAGGAAUAGAAAAAACAGGGAAAGAGGACAAAAAAAUAUACAUAACAAAGAAAAAUAAGAAGUUGCUAAAUCUAUAUCUCGUGUACAUUCCAAUAGAGUGAUGUGCUGUUGAACAUUCCAUUGUGCUGUCCGCCAUUUUAGUGCCACGGCGAUCACUGCUUAGAAAUAUAGUCUUGGCAGUGUUAGGAGGAAGAAG